CCGAGCUGCGGAAGUCCAAUCAGGUCUUUGGUCUUCUGAAGGACAUCUCCGUUCCGGGUCCAGAGUGCGCGUGUCCCGCGUGCCCCGCGUGCGUGCACGAUGACAGAAGGAUGCGGCGGCGGCGGCGGCGUGCGCGCGGAUCGGGUGCCGGCGUGGCGCGCGCGCGCGGACCGCGGGUGAAGAAGUCGGCGCGAAGCCCCCCGGAAGCGGAAGGCAUGACGCCCCUCCUGCUCCUCCUGCUCUACCUGGACCCCCUGCACGUUUGGUGCGCGCCCGGCGCCGGCAAGCGCGCCAAAAGUCCCGCCAAGCCCAAGUGGCUGAACGGCGGCACCACCGCGGCGCCGGGCGGCGGACCGAGCCGGAUCACGCAGCUGCGCGCCCCCGCCCUCCAGCACGACACCUGCCUGGGCUACUACGACGUGAGCGGCCAGUUCGACAAGGAGUUCGGCUGCAACAACACCGACCACCGCUUCUGCUGCGGCAGCUGCUUCCUGCGCUUCUGCUGCGCGGACAGAUCCAAGCGGCUGGAGCAGAGGGUGUGCACCAACUACAACACGCCCGACUGGAUCAAGACGCAGCCGCCCUCGCCCGCGCCCACCGGGGACACCUACGACCCCGAGCUGGACCGCACCAACGCCACCGUCUACAUCACCUGCGGCGCCGUGGCGCUCGUCGUCGCCGUCUGCAUCUCCGCCAAGGUGGCCUACGACCACGCCACCAAGCCCCCGCAGGAGAUGAACGUGCACAGGGCCCUGGCUGACAUCCUGAGGCAGCAAGGACCCGUUCCUAUUUCUCAGUACGAGCACGACAACAUGGACGCCAUGGACUGCUCGCCCAAAGACGAGACGCCGGUCAGGGCCUCCAAGAACCACUACACCCCCGUCCACAGCAAGUCCUCCAACCACGCAGGUCAUUAUGGGAUGGAGAGUCUUCACAGCGGAGGAGCAGACAUGCACAACUUCAUCUCGUCCGGCUUCGUGACGCUGGGCCGCAGCCACCUUAAAGCGCAGCACUCCUUUGACGAGUCAGCACAGAUGUCCUGGCAGGCCGAUCUGGACCACCCCGUCUCUUACGGUAACCAGCAUCACCAUGACUACCAGCACAGCCACCUGGACCUCAGUGGCGCCCUCACGCCUCAGCUGGCAAGCAGACACGUGCGCUACGAGAGACCCCAGCGGAACAACAACAUCCUGACGGCCGCCACCGUGCCGUACGACGUUUCGCUUUCCAGAUCCUUCCAGAACCUCAACCACCUGCCGCCCGCCUACGAGCUGAGCCUCCAAUCAGACUUAAGUGACAAGGACGUGGAUGACUUCUAUGGCAGGAAGCAUCACCACGCUGACUUUGGCGGCCGAGGCCCCGCCCACAUGAUGAAGAUGAACGACCUGCCCCAUCACCACCAGCAGCGUCAGCGCCCUCGCCGCGUGCAGCGGGCCUUGUCCCAGGACCACGUCCUGUCCCCGCCCAGGACGCCGCGCCGCGGGGACUACGGCCUGUCCUCGUACGGCGCGGUGGCGGCGGCGGCGUACGGGAGCAGCCGCCACCUCUCGGACGAGCAGCUACUGUCGGCGGACCGCCUGCACUCCCAGGAUCCUCUGCUGUCGCCCGCCAUGCGGCGUGACAAGUUCCGAGAGAAGGCCAUGGCGCGCGCCAUGUCCCACGCCGACAUGCUGCUCCCCACCACGCCCGUCAUGGACCGCCACAAGAUGACCAAGAUGCACUCUCAGCCCGGCGACGCCUACAAUACGCUGACGAUCAGCCAGCACGCCAGCGCCGGCAAGAGGCAGGCCUUCGCCUCGCGGCGGACGCACACGGUGGACCACCUGCAGUUCAUCCCGGGACACCACCACACGUACCGCGGCGGGAAGAACGAGGUGACCGUUUGACCGCUUCCUGCUCCUCAGCUUCCUGCUGCCGGCGAUAGUCAAAAGGGCUUGAAGCGGCGCCACGGCGAGGGAUCCUCCGUUUUGUAACUGAACCUGUGAGGCUUGAGUUGGCCCCGCCCAUCAGGAGGCGGGCUGGACGGUUAACAAGCACAACGUUAGCGUUCAUGCUAGCAAAGACUGUAAAUAAGCUUCUUGCGUCCUUCUAGAUCAGGGGUGUCCAAACUUUUUCCAAUGUGGGCCCCUCACUGAAGCAUUUUGAUAUUUUUCAUAUUAUAUGAUGUAUAUUUUUUAACCAUUAGGGCUCCCCUUAAG